AACGUGUUCGGCUCACGCCUGAAAGUUUGUGUAUACGAAGUAGCUAACGUUAGCUUGCUAAAGUAAUUCACACACUCAGUGGAUUAGGAUGUUAAGGCUGGCAUGGCGUCGGUCGACGUCCAAAAAUAGCUGCGCGGAGCCUGCGCGCCUUUUGGCUGCAGCUUUUUUAGGAGCGAACAGUCCACAGCAGAGCUCAGAGAGCAACAUUAGGUGUUUGAAACACAUUCCCCACCCACCCAACGACAGGUCACCGCUCCUCCAUCCCAGGCCGGCCUGCGUCCUCAGUCCAUCUGUCUUUAUGAGCAUGGCAUCAGGAGGUGAAGGGCCAUCAUCAGCUUCCCACAAACACACCAACAGGUUAGCCAAGGAGAGGUCGCCCUACCUGCUACAGCAUGCACACAACCCCGUUGACUGGUAUCCAUGGGGUCAAGAUGCUUUUGACAAGGCAAAAACUGAAGACAAACCCAUCUUUUUAUCAGUGGGCUAUUCGACAUGCCACUGGUGCCAUGUUAUGGAGAGGGAGUCUUUCGAAGAUGAGGAAAUUGGUAAAAUCCUUAGUGAGAACUUUGUCUGCAUCAAAUUAGACAGAGAAGAGAGACCUGAUGUGGACAAGGUCUACAUGACUUUUGUACAGGCAACAAGCGGAGGUGGAGGUUGGCCCAUGAGUGUAUGGUUGACUCCUGACCUUCGACCUUUCGUCGGGGGCACCUACUUCCCUCCAAGAGAUCAUGGAAGAAGACCUGGGUUCAAGACCGUUCUUACCAGAAUCAUUGAACAGUGGCAGAAUAAUCGCAGUGCUUUGGAGUCCAGUGGGGAUAGGAUCCUUGAAGCCCUGAAGAAAGGCACUGCUAUUACUGCAAACCCAGGAGAAAGUCCUCCACUGGCCCCAGAUGUCGCUAAUCGCUGCUUCCAGCAGUUGGCCCAUUCCUAUGAGGAGGAGUACGGAGGCUUCAGAGAUGCUCCAAAGUUCCCCACACCAGUGAAUCUGAUGUUUCUCAUGUCUUACUGGUCUGUGAAUCGCUCCACCUCAGAAGGGGUCGAGGCUCUCCAGAUGGCUUUGCACACACUCCGCAUGAUGGCACUGGGAGGCAUCCAUGACCACGUGGCACAGGGUUUUCAUCGUUACUCUACAGAUUCCUCCUGGCAUGUUCCUCACUUUGAAAAGAUGUUGUACGACCAGGCUCAGCUGGCUGUAGCCUACAUAACAGCUUCCCAGGUAUCUGGUGAGCAGUUUUUUGCAGAUGUGGCCAAGGACAUACUACUCUACGUCUCCAGAGACCUGAAUGACAAGUCUGGAGGUUUCUAUAGUGCAGAGGAUGCAGACUCUGUUCCUGCAUCAGGGGGACCAGAGAAGCGAGAAGGGGCUUUCUGUGUAUGGACGGCGUCAGAAGUUCGGGAACUCUUGCCAGAUGUGGUGGAGGGUGCCACUGGAUCUGCCACACUGGCAGACAUCUUUAUGCACCACUAUGGGGUGAAAGAACAAGGCAAUGUUGCUCCAGAACAGGACCCCCACAGGGAGCUGCAGGGCCAGAAUGUGCUGAUCGUGCGUUAUUCAGUCGAGUUAACAGCUGCUCACUUUGGCAUCAGUGUGGAAAAAGUCAAUGAGCUCCUGGCCUCUGCCAGAGGCAAAAUGGCAGAAGUGAGGAAGAGCCGGCCACGCCCACAUCUGGACACCAAGAUGCUGGCCUCCUGGAAUGGCUUGAUGCUGUCGGCCUAUGCUCGAGUUGGAGCUGUGGUGGGAGACAAGGCCUUAUUGGAGAGAGCGGUACAGGCAGGCAACUUCCUAAAGGAGCACCUGUGGGAUGCUGAGAGGCAGACCAUCCUUCGAUCUUGUUACCGUGGAGACCAGAUGGAAGUGCAACAGAUAUCUCCUCCUAUCUCUGGUUUCCUGGAUGACUAUGCCUUCAUCAUUUGCGGCUUGCUGGACCUGUAUGAGGCCACGCUACAAACCGAGUGGCUGCAGUGGGCUGAGGAGUUGCAGCUCAGGCAGGAUGUGUUGCUGUGGGAUGACCAGGGAGCGGGCUACUUCUGCAGUGAUCCCAGUGACAGCACUGUGCUGCUGCAACUGAAAGAGGAUCAGGAUGGAGCUGAGCCCAGUGCUAACUCUGUGUCAGCGUUCAAUCUCCAGCGUCUGUCCCACUAUACUGGAAGACAGGACUGGCUCCAGAAGUCCCAACAGCUGCUGACAGCCUUCUCUGACCGUCUGAACAAGGUUCCCAUUGCCCUGCCUGAAAUGGUCCGGUCUCUUAUGGCCCAGCACUACACGCUUAAACAGAUUGUGAUCUGUGGCCAGAGGGAUGCGUCAGACACUAGAAAUCUUCUAGCAACAGUCAACUCCCUCUUCCUUCCAUAUAAGGUCGUGAUGCUUACUGACGGAACUGCCGAGGGUUUCCUGUGCCAGCGUUUGCCUGUCCUCUCCUCCAUGUCCCAGCUGGGUGGUGUCGCCACAGCCUACGUCUGCCAGGACUUCACAUGUUCUCUGCCCGUCACUGACCCUCAGGAACUACGUCGGCUACUCCUGCACGGCACCACGGACAUGCCGACAGAAUGACAACUGCAGAACUGAGUGACUGUUUUACAAGAAGGCCAUCAUCUUCAAAAGCUGUGCUUUUUAGAUCUGCAGCCCCAGCCCAGCCUUAUUUUUGCUGUAUUUGGAUAGUGAGCCUGGUUUUAUUAUAAAUGAAUGCCAAUGCUUUAAAAGCUGAUAUGCCAUGUUGGUAGGGGGUAGAUACUAUGAGGGCGACUGCCGCCAGCCAUUCCAGACCUUUAAAAAAAGAAAGGCUAUUCUUUGUUAGCAACACCAGCUACGUAUUACCUCACAUAUCAGCUCCAGUUACAUUUUAGCAGACUUGGAUCAGUGGAGCCAUGUUGAAAUUCAGGUGUACAAAUGUCCUUAUGAGGAAAUACGCACAGCAGCACUGGCAGCCUACUGAAAUGAUGUAGCGCUCGUACUUGACUAUUAGCCCAGAAGUAAACUUCAGGCUCUUAAUAGACCAUAGCCUCAGACCACUUGGAUGAAGUGGACCGGUAAUAUUUUGCAGAUGAACCAAGCUGCCCCGUUGUCCUCUCCUGGCUCUGUGUUCCAGCUCCUGCAUUCAUGUCAAAUGGAUCUGACAGUGGAGGCCUGCAUGCCUUGUGCAUGUUUGUGUUUGAGCGUAUGAAAAAAGGUUGGUUGCAGAUUUGUAUGUAACCAUGGUUGUAACGCUUAAAAGUCUGUUGUGUAUGUAUUUGAUUUCAUCUGUAGUAACAUUGCAGUGAACAAGCUGCUCUCUCAUAAGACUCCAUUUACCACCAGCUUGCACUUGUUUAUUUCUGUUAUCUUGGAUAAAAGGUUUCUUCUCCGCUGCAACACGCACUUACAUCUUGUGAAUUUCAACUUGAGGUUUAGACAUCAAGAAUAAGCAGCAUGUAUACGCACAACCCUGAAUAAUAAACAUAUUUCUCUUACAA